UUCUUCGCUUCCACCUCAUUAUUUUUCCUCGUCAUUUUCUUCCAACAAUGACAUCACGUCGAUGCCAACAACCAAUCCAGCAGCUGGCAAAUGGGCCCACUCAUCAAACCUAUCGGUGAAUACAGUGUGAAGGGAGACCAUAAUUACUGUACUCAAGAAACAAAUGGAAUUUAUUUGACGCUUUCCUGAUCUCAUUCCUGAACAUACUGUAAUCAAUUAUUUGUCAGUACGGUAGAAACGGCAACCAUAGCAUGUCUGCCCCAACAUCCACAACUACAAGGCUCUCUUCCAAAUUUCUGGUAUCGGCUCUUCUUCUCUUGACUUUUCUGGUUGACACAGUCCAUUCUGCCCAAGCCUCCAAGUCCAAACCGGCUCUUAUCGUUGGAAUCAAGCCGCUCUUCAAGAGGGAAGAACCAAAAGCAGUGGAAUCCACAACAGCAACCACAACAGCAACACCACAACCUCCACCCAGACCGGAACUGGUCACACAAUCCCUGGAGAAAAAUGCUGAUUUGUACUAUUUUGGUCUGGGAUCCAACAUGCUACGAGAAAAGUUGGAAAAUAGAGCCAUUUGUGGAUCCAAAAUCAAGGUGAAAUCCUUUCAACCUGCCGUCGUAUACAACUAUAGAUUGGCGUUCAACAUGAAAGGGUUUCCACCACUGGAACCAGGAAUGGGAUCUCUCGAGCCUACUACUUCAUGUAUGGACGCUGAACAACAACUCCAACAACUGAAUCAACCAUCCACAAAACAACAAGACAAUGCUAGUAGUAGUAGUAGUAUCAGCAAACCACUCUGUGCGUACCAGGAAAACGAGUGUCACGGAGCACUGGUACGACUCUCGGCAGAAGACUACGAAAAGGUCAUGCGAUCGGAAGGAGUCGGUCAUGGACGAUCGGAUCAGGGAUACGAAGAAGUUGUAGUCGAUGCGGUUCCCUACAAGGGACGAGUCGUUCAGGCCGUCGCAUUGCGUGCCCGAAGUCAUGUGCGCUUGUCACAAGAUCCGGCGCCAUCACAACGCUACAUGGACAUUUUGAAACAAGGAGCCCAGGAAUUGGGACUGGCCCCGGCGUAUGUUGACUUUUUGAAUCAACAUCCCGUGCAACAAUCCUCGGCAUGGACCAGACGGAUUGCCGUUUGCAACUUGGCAUUGUACUCGUCGCAACUCGUAUCCUUUCAAUCCAAGCUUAGAAAGCUACAGGUGUGGCUGCUGUGGAGAGUCUAUGUCCCGCCCACGGCCAAUGUGCUACAGAGAAUACUCAGUGAACUGGCCAUUGGCAUGAUCCUGCUCCCUGGGGCCAUUCCGGGAAGUUUGUGCUUUCUACACAUGAAGCGUACCAACAAGAUGAAUGGCAUGAUGAAGGCGCUGGCAGAUAAUCACUGGUAAACGACAAUCAAACAUCACGCUGGUUUGGGAAUCGAAAUGUGCUCUUUGAUGCAAGCUGCUGCAUCCUAGCGAUACUCUUCACUGCCAGUGGCCACAAAAGAAGACAGCCCUGGCCAGUGGAUGGCAUGGCUUGGAGUGAACAAAUCUGUGCAAGCGGUACAAACGACAGAGGCAGCUCCAACGUCCACCUGAUGCACGACCAGUAAAGGCGUAUACGAAGCAGUCAGGUAGAUGCAUCGAUAGCUAUUAUUUGUACUCGUC